AUGCAAACCGUCGUGAGCUACACUACAGAAGCGCCUAGAGUAACAGAGCCUCGUCCUUACAUGGAGCAUGAGCUGCUGGCUGAAAUAUUCCAAAUGCUACCUGAGAGCGUGCUGGCCGACAUGUACGAUCUGGCCAAUGCGUUGUUCUACAAUGUGAUGCAGGGCACAGCAGACCGACUUGCAACAGAAUGUCCAGAGAAACGAAGAGAGAUCAAGGCUGCUCUGGAUACCUAUCAGGUUGCGGCAGAAAAGAUGCUGGACGAGGUGUUUAAUGUGUUUCAGCAAUACGUGUCUCAAAGCGCUUGGAAGAUACCGGAUGAUUUGGACGUGCAAUUUGAUCAUCACAAGGACAUUGACUUUAAUAUAUCGAGUCAAGAUCUACAAGACAUGGAUCAGCAAUUGGAUGACCUGCGAAACAAGAUCAAAGCUCAAAAACAGUUCAAAGCCGUUUUGACCCACACGCAUGACAAGCACCAACGAGACAUUAAACAGGUAGAUGCUAUGCUAGAAAGCAUGGCUUUUCUACGUGAAAUACCUUUGCAAGAGAAUGUGCCUGAUGUGAACAAUACCAUGUUGUUUGUCAAGGAGCAGAUUGAAUACAUCAAAGACGCUGUGAUAAAGGUGGCUUCCGAAGAUUUAUCGUCCCUACCCCCAGACAAGAGAACACUGCAUCUUCGCUCAAAAUUCCAGUUAUAUAUGGACCGGCUGCUUCAGCAAUACCAACCAUCAAGUCAAUAA